ACGCGGCCGAACCCGGAAGCGGUUUAGAGUCUCUCCGGCUCCGCUUCUGUUCAGGGAGGAGGAGGAUUGUUGGCCUCCCGUCUGAUUGCAGCGGCAGGAUGUUGAACGUGCCUUCGCAGUCUUUUCCUGCCCCCGCCUCACAGCAGCGGGUGGCCCUGGCGGGACGCAGCAAGGUACCUUUGAAAUCCGGUCGAAGUCUUAUGGACUGGAUACGGUUAACCAAAAGUGGAAAAGAUCUAACUGGUCUAAAAGGAAGGUUAUUAGAAGUUACUGAAGAAGAGCUUGUGAAACAUAAUAAAAAGGAUGACUGUUGGAUAUGUAUUAGAGGGCUUGUAUAUAAUGUAACACCGUAUAUGGAAUAUCACCCUGGUGGAGAAGAUGAGUUAAUGAAAGCUGCAGGAACUGAUGGCACAGAUUUAUUUGAUCAGGUUCAUCGCUGGGUCAACUAUGAAUCAAUGCUGAAAGAAUGCUUGAUUGGAAGAAUAGCACUGAAACCUUUGGCUUCUCUGAAAGAAAUUUGUCCCCCUGUAACUGAAGAAAACAGGACCUUGAAUGCCACCCAUCUCACAAGGACUCUGGGCAGUGUACAACAAUCAGGUAUAGUUCCAAAAAAUAAAGUUUUGGAUGAAUGUUCCAGAGAAAUAGUUCCCAGUUAUGACUGGUUCCAGACACCAGAUUCAGUCACUGUGGUAAUAUACACUAAACAAAAGGAUAUGAAUUCUGAAUUGGUGAUAGCAGAUGUUCAAGAAUGUAAACUAAGAGGAGAAAUAAUUGUGAAAGACUACUCGUACCUCAUACAUGUUGAACUGAGUUAUGCGGUUUAUGAAGAUAUGAUAGUACAGGUAUCUGAAAAAGUGGGAAAGGUGGAAUUUGUCUUGAAGAAGAAAGAAAAUUUGUCCUGGAAAAAACUUGGGCAGCCUCUAGAGAGUCAUAAUUCUUUUGUCAAAUGUACAGAUAGAGGUUUGUAUUACAGGAAAUGCAAGCUGCUGUCAAAGACAAAUGUCAGUCAUGAUACUAGACUGUUCUGUGUAGGGUUACCACCAGGAACACAUCUCCAGGUACCGGUGGGACACCAUCUUUACCUCAGACAAACGAUUACAGGUACAGAGAUAGUCAAGCCUUACACACCAGUAACACCUUGCUUGGUCUCACCACUCAAAAUCCCCAUCUCCAACGACAAGGCACACAUAUUUUUUAUGAUUAAAAUUUAUCCUGGAGGACUUUUUACACCAGUGCUUGACACUUUACAAAUAGGAGACUAUAUUUCUUUGAGUAAUCCUGAAGGUAAUUUUAGAAAAUCACAAAUUGAAGAUGUAGAAGAUUUGUUUUUAUUGGCAGGAGGCACCGGAUUCACACCAAUGGUUAAACUGCUCAGCUAUGCUUUGACUCAUAGUGCUACUCUCAGGGCAGUAAAAAUGAUGUUCUUCAACAAAACGGAAGAUGAUAUACUUUGGAAAAGUCAGCUGGAGCAGUUAGCUCUUAAUGACACAAGGUUUGACAUUCAGUUUGUUCUCUCAGAGCCAAAGAAAGAAUGGACAGGCAAACAAGGAAAAAUCUCUUCCUCUCUGCUUUCUGAAUUUGUGAAAAGAAGUAAACAUGAUUGUAAAAUGCUCAUAUGCAUCUGUGGUCCAUUACCGUUUAUGGAGCAAGGAAUACAGUUUUUGCAAGCUCUUGGACAUUCGGGUAAUGAAAUACAUUGUUUUACCACAUAAAAAAAGAGAACAUUGGAACUCCUGUUCAUGCAUUUCACCGUCAUAUUUAUUACUUUCAUUUGAAUUCCAGCAGGAAAAUGUUAUGCAUGAAUAAUAUGUUCAUUUUAAUAUAAGUACUUGAAUUCUGUAUUAUUGGUUAAUAAAUAAUUUUUUAUUCUGCUUAUUUGUAAUUAUAUUUAUCUUUGCUACAAUGUGAAACUUGACUAAAAUAUUUUAGAUAAAUUAGCUCAUUUUAUAUGCAUUGAGCAGAUAUGAACUCCAACCUCCAUUGAGUAAGAUUUAGUAGCAUUCCUUUGCACUGAUUACUUUGACUGGAUAAGCACCAGAUACCUUCUCUUAAGUUACAAUUUUAUUACUGUAAAAUACCUUAUUAGCAAUAUAUUAGAAAGGUACAUAUAAUGUGGUUAACUCAGGAAAAAGAUUGGUUACAGUAUAAUCAUUCUAAUAUAAAGCUCUAGUAUUAUAAAUGUUAGGUGUGUGUUCUUGUUCGCAAUACACAAAUUACCAAUUUUAUAUAAUGGAUUACUUUUUGUAUAAGGCUAAUAAAACAAGGAAAUGUUACAUUAAAAGGAAAUAUUUGUAUUAUUUCACAGUCUUCUGUAUUGACUUUAGGAGAUUAAGAAUUGCUUGACAUCCCAUAUUCUGAAAGGAUGGCUUUGUGAAGAUAUGUAGUCUUCAAACACAGUCUUCCAGAGAAUAAAAUUGAAGGACUUGUUUUAAAAGACUGAGAUUCCCAAAUAGUGCUUGCUUUGGAAAUCUUGAUCAGGAAACUCUAUUGUAGUUUGUUAGAUUUAUAUCCUCCCUUUCCUCUAGGAGCUUAAGACAGUGUCUACAAUAUUUUCACUUUUACUUUUUCACAACCACCACCACAACAACCUUGCAAAAGAUUGGGCUGGCCAAAGUUAUCCAAUGACUUCAUGACUGAACAGAGAUAUGGACCUAGAUUAUCUUGGUUCUAAUUUAGCAUCCUUACUACAUCACCAUAUAGACUAAAAUAUGUUCAAGAUUAUUUUGUAUUGAAAAAAAUUGUGUAACGGGAUCAAUAAAAUAUCAAUUUUAACACUAGAGUUAAAAGAUUGGAAGUAGCUAAUAAUAAAACUUAGGAGCAAUAUGAUCGGCAAAUCUAUGGCUGCACCACAGAAUGAAUCUAUAGCUGUAUUUCUCACAGGAAACCAGCCCUACUGGAUUCUGUAUCAGGGUUCUCCCUUCCCUUUGAGAUCCCACUUCCUCCAAAUUAUUCCCUUCCUCUCCGUAGGGAGAAAUCUGGGAUGUGUUUCAAGUUGCUAUAACUUCCUUGACUGAAAACAGGAGGAAAAUUCAGAGUUCUUUUAGAUUAUACUAAAACAUUUGUUCUCUCUCUUCCUUUCCAUUCUUAGAGAAAAUCUAUUAUUUUUAAAAUGAAAAGGCAUUUACAAGAUUGAGCUUAUUGUUUCAAAGGGAGGGUACUAGAGGUAGUUCUACAGGAACAAGUUGCAAAAUAAUAGAGAUGAUGUGGGUUUUUUUGGGUUCAUGUACAUGUUAUCAAAGUCCAGUUGUGUUUUCUAACCAUUGUUACAGUUUAGUGUGAGGUUAAGCCCAGCCUGUUACGUCAUAGACCAGGGUUUCCCAAACGGUGAGGUGUACCUCCCUUGGAGAGGUGCAGACAGACAUGGGAAGUGUAAAGAACCUUUUAGUUACAUUGUUACAAUAAAUCCAC